AUGGCGGCGUACGGACAGACCCAGUACAGCCCUGCCCUCCAGCCUGCGGGACCCUACACACCGUAUACAUACCACACCCAGGGCUACAGCAUGCCCUCAUACAACAUUAAGACAGAAGAUGGCCUCAGCCACUCUCCAGGACAGAACAGUCUGCUGAGCUACUCCAACUUCAGCAGCACUCCCCCCAGCCAGGGCCUCUACAGCUACUCCACACACGGUAGCAGUAUUUCUUCUGGGAUUUUCCAGGGAGCCAACCCCAGCACAGGCUCAACUCCAUUCAACCCCACACAACAGGACUUCUCAGCGUACUCUAGCUACAGCCAAAGCCAGUACUCGCCAUACUACAACACACACUACAACAGCCCGUACCUCGCAAGCAGCAACAUCAGCCCUAGCGCCAUCACCACGCCCAUACCCUAUCAGCAUCCAGAACACCCUGCCGUGGUGCCCAAUCACAGCCCUGAGUCCCACCCAGGAGAGUACCAUCCGCCCCCUAGCCCCCCCACCCCAGGGAAAGAGCCAGAGGGGGUGCCAGCCAGACGGAGCUCAGACGGGAAACUGAGGGGCAGGAAAAGAGUCAGUGACCCACAGCCCCCCCUGGACUCAGAUAUAGAGCGUGUGUUUGUGUGGGACCUUGACGAGACCAUCAUAAUUUUCCACUCUUUGCUCACAGGGAGCUUCUCCACACGAUUUGGCAAGGACUCAUCCAAGGCAGUGUCGCUGGGGCUGUGGAUGGAGGAAAUGAUCUUCAACUUGGCCGACUCACGGCUAUUUUUCAACGACCUGGAGGAAUGUGACCAAGUUCAUAUUGAUGACGUGGCGUCAGACGACAAUGGGCAGGACUUGAGCAUGUAUAACUUUGGCACGGACGGUUUCCAGAGCCCUGCGGGUGCCGGCACUCUGUGCCUGGGCUCAGGUGUCCAUGGUGGGGUGGACUGGAUGAGGAAACUAGCCUUCCGCUACCGGAGAGUAAAGGAGAUCUACAACACAUACAAGAACAACGUGGGAGGUUUGGUGGGCAGUCCCAAGCGGGAGGAAUGGCUGCAGCUGCGGAGGGAGAUGGAGGUCCUGACAGAUCUGUGGCUGACCCAGGCUGUCAAGGCCCUGGCCCUCAUUAACUCCAGACCAAACUGUGUGAAUGUGCUGGUGACCACCACCCAGCUGAUCCCAGCCCUGUCCAAGGUCCUGCUCUACGGUCUGGGCUCAGCGUUCCCCAUAGAGAACAUCUACAGUGCCACCAAGACAGGGAAAGAGAGCUGCUUUGAGCGUGUGGCCCAGAGGUUCGGCCGGCGAGCAGUGUACGUGGUCAUAGGGGACGGAGUGGAGGAAGAGUCUGUAGCCAAGAAGAAGAACAUGCCUUUCUGGAGAGUGUCGUGUCGGCCUGACCUCGAGGCUCUAAGUCAUGCACUGGAGCUGGACUACCUCUAG